UCAACGGGAGGCGUGGAGGAAACGGACAGAGAAAGCAUGGAGGUGCAGAAAAAAUUGCUGAACUCAGUGGACCGGUGUGUGGAUGAGGCUUUGGAAGGCAUUGUCAGUAGCAAUGCAGGACUAAUUCUUUUAAAAGGGCACAGGGUCAUACUACGCUCUGAUUUGGCCAACCUGAAAGGAAAGGUCGCUUUACUCUCAGGGGGCGGGUCCGGCCACGAGCCUGCGCAUGCAGGGUACAUUGGGGUGGGAAUGUUAUCAGGGGCAGUAGCAGGGGCAGUGUUUGCUUCUCCUCCUCCAGGCAGUAUCCUGGCAGCCAUCCUCACAUUGUGGCGGGAGGGAGGUGCAGCAGGGGUGCUGCUCCUGGUGAAGAACUACACGGGCGACAGGCUAAACUUUGGCCUGGCUGCCGAACAGGCGCGUGCCCAGGGCAUCCCCGUCGACAUGGUGAUCGUCGGUGACGACUGUGCUUUUGCCAAGCCCAGUAAGGCUGGUAGAAGAGGCCUGUGCGGAACUGUGUUCGUUCAUAAGCUGGCUGGGGCGUUGGCAGAGGAAGGCUGCCCAUUGGAUGUUAUUGUUUCCCGGGUAACAGAGGCAAAGAAAUGCAUAGGUACAUUAGGAGUAAGUCUGUCUCCAUGUAGUGUGCCUGGAUGCCAGCCCUCAUUUCAGCUGCCCGCAGGAGAGAUGGAGCUAGGCCUGGGAAUCCAUGGUGAGCCAGGUAUUAAGAGGUCAAAGAUGGCCUCAGCUGAUGAGGUAGUGAGGACAAUGAUCAGUCACAUGACUGACACCUCCAGCCAAUCACAUCUGCCUUUAAAAUCAGGUGACAGUGUGGUAUUGUGCGUGAAUAAUCUCGGUGCUCUGUCAUGUCUGGAGAUGGCUGUAGUGACCAGAGCAGCAGUCAGAUGUCUGGGUGAGCGUGGGGUGUUGGUUGCCAGGGCGAUGUCGGGCUCCUUUAUGACAUCGCUGGAGAUGGCCGGCGUCUCUCUGUCCCUUAUGAAAGUGGAUCAGGAGACCCUAAGGCUUUUCGAUGCUAAAACCACAGCGCCUGCAUGGCCUAACCUCAGUAGUGCAUGUGUGAGUGGUAGAGAAUUGACUCUGGAACCCACAGCUAGAGCAGAGGCCACUGAAGCGCUUAAACAAGGUCCCCUGAGCGAUGUGAUGCGGAAGGUUCUAGAGUCUGUGUGUAAAACACUCCUUCAACGACAAGAGGAACUAAACGCCCUGGACCGAGCGGCUGGGGAUGGAGAUUGUGGGAACACACAUGCUCUUGCUGUUCAGGCCAUUCAGGAGUGGCUCCAAGGUCAUGUGGUGCCAGGUUGCCCUGGGCAACUGCUGUCUAUCUUGGCUGGAUUGGUGGAGGAGCGAAUGGGCGGGUCUUCGGGAGCUUUGUACAGUCUCUUCCUGACUGCAGCCGCCCCUCACUUAAAAGGAAAAAGUGAUCCUGCCACUUGGGCCAAAGCAAUGCAUGCUGGGACUGAAGCGAUGAAGAGGUAUGGAGGUGCUGAACCAGGAGACAGAACUAUGCUGGAUGCUUUGUGUCCUGCAGUGGAUGAAUUGAUGAAGUUGUCUUCAGCGCCACCCGGAGGUCAUAUGGCUGUACUACAGGCUGCUUUGAAGAAAGCAGAGCAAGGGGCGGAGUCCACGCGUGACCUCACCGCGAGGGCGGGAAGAGCUAGUUACAUCGCGGCUGAGCGCGUGACCCUGCCUGACCCCGGCGCUGUGGCGAUAGCAGCCAUCUUCAAGGCGGCAUUUGAGGCUUUGGAAAAAAGCAGCCAAUGAAAUUCAACCACAUUAUGACACGGGAUAGCUCACUGUACAUCAUACAGUAUUUGGAUUUGAAUUAAUACUGCAAACAAAUGGAUCAUAGAAUGCUACACUGUAGAUGUAACACUAGCCGAGUAAUAAAUGAAUUUUAUAAUUGUCAGAUUGGCCUACACAGCAGUGCUAAGCACUAAAUUCAUGUUUCAGUGAAGAGUGAAUCCUAAAACUGCUUGGGAAGCAACCACUCUGUAAUAGUAUCUGGGGUUUUUUAACCGACAGAAUUUCUGCUAUCUCUGCUAGAGAUACUAAAAAUUAUUUUUGCUUAUUACUUGUUUUUUUCGAUUGCUUAUGCCAGGAAGGGAAAUUGAGAUGUAAUUAGGAAAAAUGAUGUGCUUACUGAAAUAAUUUUAUACUAAUGCACUUUAAAUAUUUCAUCGUCAGAGAAAACCUGUGAUUCUGAAGCUAAUAAAUUCGUUUUUGCUAACUA